AAUUUUUUUAUAUGGCAGCACGAUUUUUAGUAUUUUUUUUUUUCCAUUAUCGAUUAGUGGCAUCCCUGAAUGGAUUUUUACUUAUCAGUGAUUUGAUUGUAUAUAGUGAAAUUUCAGUAAAAACUAAAACCUUCAACAUGCUGGCCAUUAGGAACCUUCUUAGAAACAACCAAGUUGUUAAAAAUGUCGUACAACAGAGAAACAUGAGCGGCAUCGCCGUUCCAGCCAGGAAUAAAGUUUCCAAGGGUGAGAUGUUCUUCCUAGCCAGUUCCAUGGCAAUUGCCUGGCUAGCGAUCCCCGCCUGGGUGCUGGUCAACCUCAAGCAUUACCGCGACAAGAACUAAGUGUGCAUAACAUCAAUAUGUAGUGUAUUAUAUGUUGUUUUAAGUAAAGGUUAAUUUAACAAG